AUCACUAGCUAAGCUAGCUAGCUGCACCUACUCGAUCGGCGAGCACCGAGCUAACGAGCUCUGUCCAAUGCCGUCCUUCGUCGACGGCCCCACUCUCCGGUCGCUGCUCCGGCCGUCCACCAAUGGCCGCCGUACGAAGACCGGGGACGGUGGUGGCGGAGGUGGUGGUGGUGGGAUCUUCAAGAUGUUCAAGCUCAUGCCCAUGCUGACAUCGGGGUGCAAGAUGGUGGCGCUGCUCGGCCGGCAGAACAGGGCGCUCCUCGCCGACCACGCCACGACGGUGACGCUGUUCGGGCACCGGCGCGGACGCGUGAGCCUGGCCAUCCACGAGGACACGCGCGCGCCGCCGGUGUUCCUCAUCGAGCUCCCCAUGCUGACCAGCGCGCUGCACAAGGAGAUCUCCUCCGGGGUGGUGAAGCUGGCGCUGGAGAGCGACACCCGCAGCGCGCGCCGCCGGCUCGUGGAGGAGUACGUCUGGGCCGUCUACUGCAACGGCCGCAAGGCCGGCUACGCCAUCCGCCGGAAGGAGGCCUCCGACGACGAGCGCCACGUGCUGCGCCUGCUGCGCGGCGUCUCCAUGGGCGCCGGCGUGCUGCCGGCCGCGCCCGAGAAGGAGGGCGGCGUCCCCGCGGGGCCCGACGGGGAGCUCACGUACGUGCGCGCCCGCGUCGAGCGCGUCGUCGGUUCCAAAGACUCCGAGGCGUUCUACAUGAUCAACCCCAGCGAGGGCGGCGUCGGCGGCGACGGCGCCGGCGAUGGCAGCGCGCCGGAGCUGAGCAUUUUCCUAGUAAGGAUGAAAUAAUGAUAUCAAAGUUAGUAUAGAGUACUUCACCUAAAUCGAUCGAAAUACAUAUAUACAGCUUUACCUUCUCUUUGUGAAUACACUCUUGUGUGUGCAGACAGAUUAAACUUAAUGGUGGAAACAGAAAAUAUCCAUAAUUCAGU